AUGUCACAGCUGUUUAUUCACAAACUUCACGAAACUGUCACGGAGCCCCGUUGCAAGUCCGUCGCCGUCCAUCCAGCGCCGCCAAGGAUCGUGAGUAACUGGCUGGGGGGUUCAAUAUCAAGUGUUGAGUUCAUGAUGAGCAGUAUAUUUCUCAAAAGGAACAUGAAGACCCACGGAGUGAGAAUCCGUGAAGGUGGUUCGUGCUAG